CUCAGAUUUUGCUGCUCCGCUUCACUCCACUCCCUCUCAGCAGCAUUCACAGGAGACCGUCCCAGCCUACCAGCGGUAUAACGGGUACGAGUUGGUCCAACACUUGUAAACUCCUCUCAUAACUCGUUUUACACGCACACCAUGGCAGAGCAGGAACCUACACCAGAGCAGCUGGCAGCGAUUGCAGCAGCCAACGAAGAGAACGAAGGCCACGUCAACUACAAACCUCCCGCCCAGAAGAGCCUACAGGAGAUCCAGGAGCUGGACAAAGACGAUGAGAGUCUGCGCAAGUACAAGGAAGCACUGCUGGGCGGCGCUGCUGCUGUUGUGGUUGCUGAUCCCACCGCCCCAAACGUCGAGGUGACGCGAAUGACCCUGUUGUGCGAGACGGCCCCAAUCCCCUUGGUCCUUGACCUGACGGGAGACUUGGAGAACUUCAAGAAGAACCCCUUUGUGCUGAAGGAAGGAGUCGAAUACAGAAUAAAGAUCAACUUCAAGGUCAACAAGGACAUUGUGUCAGGCCUGAAGUACACUCAGCAGACAUUCAGGAAAGGAGUAAAGGUCGACAAGUCAGACUACAUGGUGGGCAGCUAUGGGCCAAGACCGAACGAGGAAUACGAGUUCCUGACCACCCUGGAGGAGGCACCCAAAGGGAUGCUGGCUCGCGGCACCUACAACAUCAAGUCCAAGUUCACCGAUGACGACAAACACGACCAUCUCUCCUGGGAGUGGAGCCUCACUAUCAAGAAAGACUGGAAAGAUUGAUUCCUCCUCGCCAUCAACGUCUUCCUCUGCUUUGUCCCUCUUCCCUUUUCUUGCUUUCAUUCCAUUAUUUCUGUCCUGAUCCAUCUCUGGAUUAUGUGUUGAUUUAAGCUUCUGCUCUCUCCGUCCAUUGACACUCGCUCUUACAGUUCCCCGUUCUCGUUCUAAAUUCUUAAAUCUAAAUCACUUCAUCAUUCCUCUCAUUAACCCUUCAUUUGUUUGCACCCGCCCUUCUGUUAAGUAUUAAAUCUUUGAAAUGGAGAAAGCAAACAUUGUGCACAAUCCAGAUUUUGCGAUUAUGGUUUGUUUAUAAAAGAAAAAUAAGUAAAAAAAAAAAAAACUGUUGUCUGCUCAAAACUGCUCUUAAAAACUGAACUGUAUGAUUCCCUCUGCUCCUUUUCUGCUUUCUUCCCCCUUUUUCACUCUUUCUUAUUAGAUUCUUUUAUAUGAUUACCAUGAUCUGCCUUUGAAAGCAUUGUACAGGAAGCAGUAGUGCUGUAUGUAUGUGGCCACUCGCGGUCAUAGAGCAAUCAUUGCUGGACACAACUCUUGGACGCAGCCCUCCUUAAGCCUUCGUGCAGAUUAUUUGUACCAGGGUCUCUGUAAAUUAUUUGGAAUUCAGGCCACCUCCUUUUCAAAUGGUUUAGCGCCCCACAAAGUCUGCUGAGAGAAUGAGGGGGGGAAAGAAUUACCUCUAAACCCGUAUGACCCCCCCCCACACACACACACACACACACACACACUUUAGGUGUGGCUGUUCCUCUCCUAAUCAGGGUAUUUUGGCAGUGUAUUUAGCAGCCAUGUGGCCUUAACAAGAACCCUUGGGAAGAAAUAGACAACCCAGUUGAGCCAUUUGCCUUCACAUUAUAUUUGCCAGACCAUCAUGUGAGCCUGUUUUAACAAUACUUGUAAUAGGACAGGGCAUCAGGACUACGGACUUUUAACAACUUUAUUUCAGGUUUGAUGAUUUGUGUAAAAAAAGAAAAAAAAAAAGAAAACAUUACAUGUUGUUGGAUCGUAUUAUCUCUAUUUCAUUGCAGUACUUGUAGUUUUCUAAAUAUCAGUAAAAUUAGGUUAUUUUAGAUCAUUUACAACUGUGAAUAUGAGUCCAGGUCGUACUAACAGCUUUUUGUCAGCCAGCGUCCUCUAGUCCCUGAGGCCAUAUUUCCAGUGUGUCCGAGGCGUUCCCUUAGUUCCCUCACGAAUCGAAACGCGCUCGCCUCGUUAUCACGUUAAGUUUAAAAAUUACCAAUGCUGACUGUGCCUCCAGUCUCUUACAACCACAUGCUGCUCCUGCUGAUCAGUGAGGUGAAACGUUGUCUGUAAUUGACUUUAAACCAGUACAGAGACAUCAGUCCCCAACCAGACAUCGAUGGGUAAGACAUCCUGCCAUUGAAAAGUGUUUUCUUUUUUUUUAUACACUCCAUAAGUAUGUGGAUGAAGUCUGUUCUCCGCAGCUUCAUUCAGCUGUCAUGUGUCAUGGACUGAUGUUUCUCUCUGUGGGUUGGGUUUGACUCAAUGUGUGCUACUUGUAUUACCUACAGUUUACUGAUCUCCUGUGUUCACAUUAAAGUGUUCAGACUGGG